AUGACAACCCCCAGCCUCAUCUCCAUCAACAAGCUCGCCGACACCCGAGUUUUGCUAAUCGGUGGCACCUCCGGCAUCGGCUUCACCGUUGCCCGUGCAGCCCUGGAACACGGCGCCAGCAUCAUCAUAUUCAGCUCAAACCCCCAAACUCUCUAUCCCAACAAAGUCUACACCGACCGCAUAACUGGAAAACCCUGCGACCUGGGCGAUCAGGCCACUUUAGAAAAGAACCUUCUUGACGUUCUCGACUACGCUACAUCACGUUCUCUCUUUCCUAAUACCGCGUUUCCCACCAGAAAUAAUGAUUGCACUAAACGAGUUUUGCUAAACCAUAUAAUCUACACGGCCGGCACCCCGCCACCGCGGAUCCCCAUCUCCUCUCCCGAGAUUAACGCAUCCACUUUCGCAACCUUAAGCACCCUCCGGCUACAUGUCCCGAUGGUAUUGGGCAAACAUGCAAAGUCAUACUUGGUUGAUAAUUAUACCUCCUCCAUAACAUUUACCUCAGGAUUAAUGGCCGCAAGACCGGCGGCAGGGUUGGCGGUGGGUGGUGCGGCAGUGGGAUCAGCGCUUGAGGGCUUGACUAGUGGUCUGGCGGUGGAGUUGGCACCCAUCAGGGUGAAUGUGGUUGCCCCAGGUGCUGUUGAGACGGAGAUUCUUGAGAGGCUGGGCCCUGCGAGGGAAGCAUAUCUAGAAGCUUUUAAGAAGGGGACGUUGACAGGGGAGGUGGGGAGACCGGAGGAUGUCGCCGAGGCGUAUGUUUGGUGCAUGAAGGAUGGGUUCGUAACAGGACAGAGGGUAGGGAGUGAUGGCGGCGCGUUGCUAAAGGGGGCAUAG